GUUCUCCAGGCUCCGCCCCCUUCACCUGCCUCACCCAAGAACAACCAGGAAACAGUCAGUCACCGUCAGUGAGUGAAGAGACGCAGACUGAAGACCAGACUCUGUCCUCUGACUGAGUCCAGCUGCAGAAGACAAGUGUCCACACACUGAAGCUUCUCUCACAUUCAAGAUGGCCUCCAGAUCAGAGGAGGUUCUCUGCAGUCAGCACUCUGAGAAACUCAGACUCUUCUGUCUGGACCAUCAGCAGCCAGUGUGUGUCGUCUGCAGAGACUCAAAAAACCACAUCGGCCACAAGUUCAGACCCAUCGAUGAAGCUGCACAAGAACACAAGGAGCAACUUCAGGAAACUCUGGAGACCUUCAAGAAGAACUUAAAGAGUCUGGAAGAAGUUCAGGUGAAGUUUGAUCAAACAGCAGAACACAUUAAAGUCCAGGCCCGACGCACAGAGACACGGAUGAAGGAGCAGUUUAAGAAGCUUCAUCACUUUCUACAAGAGGAAGAGGAGACCAGGAUGGCUGCACUGAGGGAGGAAGAGCAGCAGAAGAGUCUCAUGAUGAAGGAGAAGAUGGAGGCUCUUCACAGAGAGAUAGAAGCUCUAUCAGAUACAGUCAGAGCCACAGAGGACGAGCUGAGAGCUGAAGACAUCGUCUUCCUGCUCAACUACAGAGAGCAGCAGCGCCCCCUGCUGGAGCCUCCACAGCUGCCCUCAGGAGCUCUGAUAGACGAGGCCAAACACCUGGGCAACCUGGCCUUCAACAUCUGGAACAAGAUGAAGGACGUGGUCUCCUACAGUCCUGUGGUUCUGGACCCAAACACUGCUCAUCCAUAUCUCAUCGUGUCUGAAGAUCUGACCAGUGUGAGACGAGGAGACGAACAGAAGGUUCCUGAUAAUCCAGAGAGGUUAGAUUAUUACAACAGUGUCCUGGGAUCUGAGGGUUUGAACUCAGGAACUCACAGCUGGGACGUCCAGGUUGGAGACAAUAAAUGGUGGACAGUGGGAGUUUUAGAGUCUGACCAGAGGAAAGGAGAAGACAUACUGUCUGGAUUAUGGGGGAUACAGUUAUAUAAAGAUAAAUACUACGAACGGUCAUCAGGUAAAGACUCUGUUCUCCAGCUGAAGAAGAAGAUCCAGAAGAUCAGAGUGAGUCUGGACUGGGACGGAGGACAAGUGUCCUUCUCUGAUCCUGAUACUAACACACUCAUACACACACACACACACACUUUCACACACACCACGUUUCCAUACAUUAACAAUGCUGAUGAUGAUGAUGAUGAAGUGAAGAUGUUACCAGUGAAGGUUUGAAGGUUAAAGGGACAGUUCACACAAGUGAAGCUGUUCAACUUCACGUCUCUUUCACUCUCUUCACUCGUUCUUCUCUCCUUUCAGAGUUUGUAUAUAAAAUAUUAUAUUAGUGAAAUAUUAAGGUCUAAUUAUAGUUCAUCAAUACUUAUUCUGUACUCCUGUACACUUAGUUAAGGGAUGCAUGUUUCCCACUUAAUAAUAAGGGUCAUUAAUAAAGGCGUCUUCAGAUUUGGUUUAGAAAACAUUUUUUUAAGAAAAAUCACAUUUAUCAACAUUAAGCAUUUGAUCAGAUAAUCAGUGGUUUUCUACAUAAGUGACAAGAUUCUGUGUGUAAACGUGUGAACAUGUAAUACAGAGACUGUGAUCA